GCAACAUUGAUUGCUCUAGUUGUGCUCAGGAUUCAUCUUUAUCUUCAUUUUUAUUGUUUGUAUCAUUGAGCAUGACAUUGAUUAUGGGUAGAAGGUCUCAUAAACUUCUGUCCGCAAUUUUUAUUUUUUUACUACACUUGAUACCAGCCCUUGGAGUCAUUUCAAGGGAUGGAGACAAUAACAUGUGGUGCAUAGAGAGUGAGAGACAAGCACUCCUUGAGUUCAAAGAAAGCCUUAUUAAUGACAACAAUUUGCUCUCUUCGUGGGGGAAUGAAGAUGCAAAGAAAAAUUGUUGCAGUUGGGAGAGAGUUCAGUGUAACAACCAAACUGGCCAUGUACUCGAGCUUCAUCUUGAUUCUUGCGGGUUACGAGGUAAGAUUAGUCCUUCAUUGAUUGAGUUGCAUCAUUUGAGUUAUUUGGAUCUUAGUGGCAAUGAUUUUAAUAAUAGCGAAAUUCCAAAGUUCAUCAAUUCACUCAGUAACUUACAGUACCUUAUUCUACAUAGCGCCAAUCUAAGUGGGCCAAUUCCAUUUCAACUGGGUAAAUUUUCGCACUUGCAAUAUCUCGAUCUCAGUUGGAAUAAUUUGAAACCUGUCCAAAAUCUCGAAUGGCUUUCUCAUCUUGUAUCAAUAGAACACCUUGAGCUAAGUAAUUUAAAUCUUAGUGCAGCCAAUGAUUGGCUGAGAGUUGUUAGUGGUCUCCCUAAGCUAUCAGAGUUAUGGCUAUCUAAUUGUUCUCUUCCUUUGAUCACUCCCUCUUCUCUUUUGCAUAUCAAUUCCUCUAAAUCCCUUACUUAUCUCGAUCUCGCUUACAACCCUUGCAUCAACUCUUUGAUAUUCCUCUGGUUGAAUUCUAGUACCAACCUUGUUUUUGUUGAUCUUUCUUCAAAUCAGUUACAAGGUUCAAUUCCGAAUAUUUUCGGUAACAUGAAGUCUUUGGAGCAACUCUUUCUUAAUGAUAAUCAACUUGAAGGUGGCAUUCCAAAAUCCCUUGGUGAUAUAUGUACUUUAUGUGAAUUGUACUUGUCGUCGAACAAUCUCAAUGGACAAGUUCUUGACUUCUUCCACAACUUGCAAGGAUGCGCAAAAGAUUCACUAGAGAGCUUACAUUUAGGUAGGAAUCAAAUUACGGGGUCAGUGCCUAAUUUUGCAAUAUUUCCAUCAUUAAGAGAGUUAGAUAUCUCUAACAAUAAAUUUAAUGGGACUUUGGGGGAAAGAAUAGGAAGCCUACAUAAGUUAGAGUUUUUGGAUAUCCGUUCAAAUAUGUUGGAAGGCGUUAUCUCUGAAACCCUACUUUCAAAUUUCCCCAAUUUGUACUGUUUAGAAUUAUCUUCUAAUUCUUUUACUUUAAAUCUCAGCUUUGAUUGGGUUCCCCCUUUCCAAUUGAUUGACUUAUACUUGAGAUCUUGCAAGUUGGGUCCUGAUUUCCCAAAUUGGAUUAGAACUCAAAGAAACCUUAUCUUCCUUGAUCUCUCCAAUACUGGAAUUUCAAAUACCAUCCCUACUUGGUUCUGGAACAUGCCUUUUGAGUUAAAUUAUUUAAAUUUGUCUCAAAACCAAAUCAAAGGUAGAUUGCCAAAUGCAUCAAGUAUAUUUUCAAACUUUGCCAUACUAGAUUUCAGCUCAAACAGAUUUGAAGGCCCACUACCAGUGAUUUCUUCUAAUUUGUCCUCGCUAAAUCUCUCCAAAAACAAGUUUUCAGGGUUAAAUUCAUUUAUAUGCUCGAAGAUUGGGGGUAUGAUGCACCUUGACCUCUCAAGCAACAAUCUAUAUGAAGGGAUCCCUGAUUGUUUCAUGCAUUGGCAAGAACUUGAAAUUUUGAAUUUGGCUCACAAUAAUUUGUUCGCGAAAAUUCCACACUCUAUGGGUUCUUUAAUACAACUUAUAGCAUUGGACUUAAGCAACAAUAGCUUGUCGGGGGAAUUGCCUUGGUCUUUGCAGAAUUGCACUUUGUUGAGAUUUAUGCACUUGGAAAAGAAUAAAUUAUCUGGGACGAUACCAGCUUGGAUAGGGGAAAGAAUGUCCUCAUUGAUCAUUCUUAGCCUUAGAUCUAAUAUUUUCCAUGGAAGCAUACAGUCACAAAUUUGUUUGCUAACCCAUAUUAAAUAUUUAGACCUAUCUCAAAACAAUAUAUCUGGAACCAUUCCAGAGUGCCUUGAUAAUUUGAUUGCCAUGGCUCACAAAAUUUCAGAUGUUAUGACUAACAAGUACUUCAUUUGGAAUGGCCCUGAAUAUAGUUUUUAUACUGAUUAUGGUAGUUAUAGUGACAAUAGUGUCCAUAUAAUUGUUGGUUGGAAAGGAAAUGUGUAUGAGUAUGGAAAGAAUUUUGGAGAAAUGAGGAGCAUUGAUCUUGCAAACAACAAAUUGACUGGAAAUAUUCCAGAGGGGAUAUCCAGCCUCAUAGAAUUGAAAGCAUUGAAUUUAUCAGGAAACAUGUUGACUGGAGUAAUCCCUAAAAACAUUGGUAAGUUGGAACAAUUGGAAUCUUUGGAUUUGUCGAGAAAUCGGUUUUCUGGUUCAUUACCUGCUAGCAUGGUUAGUUUACAUUAUUUGGGCUAUCUUGACUUGUCCUAUAAUAAAUUAUCGGGAAGAAUUCCAACAGGCACUCAACUCCAGUCCUUCGACCCUAGCAGAUUCAUGGGUAAUGCUGGACUUUGUGGACCUCCACUUACAGAAAAGUGCCUAGAAGAUGUAACACCCAACGUUGGAGGCAGUAAAAACCAUCAAGAAGAUCGAGAUGCAGGAAGUAAAAUCCAUCAAGGAGAUCGAGACGAAUUCUGGAAGUGUCUUUAUGUUGGUACAGGGUUUGGAUUCGCUGCUGGUUUUUGGGGAGUUUGUGUCUCUUUAAUAUUGAACCGUUCUUGGAGACAUGCAUAUUUCCUAAUGUUGAUCAACCUGAAGGAUUGGUUGUACGUGACAAUAGUGGUACAUACUACAAUAUUGCUAAAGAUGUUUCACAACUGGAGGCUAUCACAACUUCACUAAAGGAGAUCUCCGACCUUUGAUAUUAUGUGCUUUUUAUUUGCUUAUGAACUCAUGAGGUGGUGCAAGCUUGGUAUAUCACACGAUGUUAGACUUCCAAAUUCCAAUAUCGUGUGUGUGCACGCUUUUAUGUAUACAGAUAUACAAAAUUUUUCUCAUUGAAAAAAAAGAAAAA